AUGCCAGACUUGUGCACGAAGACGGCUGUUGUUCAGAACUGCGACGACUGCAAACAAACAUACGAAGCGAAUGCUGCUUAUUGCAGCGUUGUCAAUGAAGACGGCCAGUCCACGACUCGGUUCUGCACGGGGCUUUCUCAUACGAGCUACGUCUGUACAGUGCCAUCAUCGCAGCCUACGCCCGGCGGAGGGCAGCAGCACAACGGCUACCUGCACGUGCCCAUCGUCACUCGGAGCGGAUUUCAACGAGGGCGCGUGUCGGCAGCUGGUGGCCGGCCACGUCCGACGCCUGGAGUGGCCGGGCGCACGCGGCGCAGUGUUGCCACCGUGGCGGGUCUGCAGCACGCGGACCGGCAGCCGUACCGCCUGCGCCCCGGCGCCGUGUCUGUGUUUUGCCACAAUGACCUGAACGGCGCCAAUGUGCUGGUCGACCGGAGAUGCUGA